UUCCACUUUUAUCUGGCUGAGAUUUUGGGUUUCAGUACCCAAACAUAAACAUAAGUACAGUUUCUCUGUACUCUUUUCCCUGAUUGUAAUGUCCUGAUAUAUACAGUGUAUUUCACAUUGUGUUUGUUUACAUUGUUUCUGCAUGUGGCCUGAUUGUUUUCUUGCUCUACUUGUGUUUGUGUUUAAUCUCUGAGUCCUCCUGAUUCUGUUCUCCUGAACACUGACAGCACCACACAUUCCCCUUACAUGGAAAUUUCACGCCUCCAUUCUGCACUUCAACCUCCUGUCAGAUCCGGUGAGCUGCAGUUCAGAGUGAAAACUGAACUCAUGUCUAAACCUUUACUGACUGCAGAGCAAAGCUGUCCAUUAUCCAUCAUACUCCUCUAUGAGCUGCAGUCUUUCAGUUUCAGUAUCAACCUGCUCUCCUCCUCUCUGCUCAGAGACUGAUGACUCAAUACUGACUCAUUUCUCUUUGGUUAGAGCUCCUGGAUCCUGAAUUCUCAUUGGUCAGACUUGCUCUAUGUAACCUUCCCUCGGCAUGUUUGUAGUCAUUUUGAGUGAGGAGGUGAGACAGCAGGAACCUCUAAGAGAACCGAGGAUUGGAACAGAGGAUUGGACUGUGCCUGGAGUUUAUUAACACUGAGAUCUAGAUCCAGUCUAAAGGGAGGGAUGGGAAGCAUCAUGAAGACCUUCAUUUUCCUCGCCCUCACAGUUCAUCUGGCUGCUGCAGCCUCUCACUCUGUGCAGUACUUCUACACUGCAGUUACUCCAGGAAUAAACUUCCCAGAGUUCACUGUGGUGGGUCGACUGGAUGGAGAGCAGUUUGAGUACUAUGACAGUGUUAUCAGGAAAGUGAUGACAAAGACAGAGUGGAUGAAGAAGGUUGAUGCUGCUGAUCCAGAUUACUGGACCAGACAGUCACAGAUCGCACAGGGAUCUCAGGAGACCUUUAAAGUCAGUGUGGGGACUCUAAUGCAGCGCUUCAACCAGACUGACGGAGUUCACACAGUGCAGUUUAUGGUCAGCUGUGAGCUGCAUGAUGAUGGAACCAAGAGAGGAUACAUGCAGUACGGCUAUGAUGGAGAAGACUUCAUCAGUCUGGAUAUGAACACUCUCACCUGGACUGCAGCCAACGCUAAAGCGGUGACUACCAAACAGAAGUGGGAUGGUCUGGGUGCAGCUGCUAAAUGGAAAGACUACCUGGAGAACACCUGUAUUGACUGGUUACAGCAGUAUGUGGAGUAUGGCAGAUCCAGUCUGGAGAGGAAAGUCUCUCCUGAGGUGUCUCUGUUCCAGAAGGACUCUUCUUCUCCAGUGGUGUGUCAUGCUACAGGUUUCUUCCCCAAAGCAGUGAUGAUCUACUGGCAGAAGGAUGAAGAGGAUCUGCAUGAGGACGUGGAGCUCAGAGAGACGCUACCCAACCAGGAUGGAACCUUCCAGAAGAGGAGCGUUCUGACCGUCUCACCUGAGGAGCUGAAAAAGAAUAAAUAUACCUGUGUUGUUCAUCAUGGUGCAUUAGAGAGGGAGAAGGUGCUGCCAGUGUCUGAUUGUAGAGUCCUGUCAGAUGGAGGGUCAGUUGGUAUCAUCCUUGGUGUAGUUGUUGCUGUUCUCCUGCUUGUCCUCAUUGGCUGUGUUGGAGUCUUCAUUUGGACGAAGAAGCAGAUAAUGAAGCCUGAUUUCAAACCUGUUCCGAGCAGCUCCAGUUCAGACUCUGGUUCCGACCACAGGUCCACAUAACCCAUCUCAAGCACUGGAUCUGACGUUGGGCUUAUUUCCUCCUGAGUAUCCGUCUUCUGUUCCUCAAAAAUAUCUACAGGGGAUUCAGUGGAGGUUUUUUAGUCUAGAAGUGAUUCAGUAAAAAUACAGACUCCAUAAAUUACACUGCUGUCAUGUGAGCGGAUGAGACGAGUCAAAAUACAGUCAAAUAUCUGUUCUGAGAUCAGCCGUGUGUGGAGGACAGUCACUGAGUGCUCCAGAGAUUUCAGUGCUCACAGAUUGAUCCAGACUGGAGGAACUUUAGAACGUUCUCCAACAUUUACACUAAAAAUCAGCUCCUAUCUGCUCGCUGUUACCGCUCUAGUAUGGCUAAUCUCUCCACAUGCCAAUAAAACGUUCAGAAACUGAGAAAUUUUGUUAAAAGACUUUUAAAGUCAGAAAACAGUAGAGAAUGUAAGAUGAGCUGUGGCUUAUAUUAAGCUUUAUUGGGCUCAAGCAGUAAAAUCAAAGUAAAAACAAAAUCAGAUCAGCAAGAUAAUAAAUGAAAUAACAUAUUAAUAUUCGAGGGUAUAAACAUGUGGAGAAAUUAAUCCUAAUCAGAUUCUAUUUUCUGUGCAAUGUUUUGACACUGGGUGUAGCUACAUAUACAAUAUACGGGUGGAUGCUGUGGGUGUUUUGUUGUUCUUUGUAAAUAUUUUACUGAUAUUUUAAUGUUAAGUAUUUCCUCUUUCUGAGACAGAACGUUGAAUCUUUCUAAAAAGGUUCCUUACUUUGGAUUUACUGAAUUUACUGCAUAUGUUGCUGUUUCUAUAAGGAAAUGUUUGAUAAUAAAUAAACUGGACAGAGAAAA